GCGCCCGCUAAAAGGUCCCGUUUGAAAAUGCAGACCCCGCCGCCUGUGGGCCCACUCGCUUGCCCAAGAGAAAUCCCCUCCGUGUGCGCGCUUUCCUCGACACGCGUGUAAGCAGCCCGCGCUUUGCUAUAUAACCCACCGCGGCGGGGGCGGCCAGGAGAGAGAAAAGCACCCUCUACGGCGCCUUCUCCCCGUUCGAGGGAGCCCCGGGUGGUUAAGCAAAGGUAUUCGGAAGGCGUCGUGAUUGGCUGUCCGACCCGCGGGCUGCUGAGCCCCGAUUGGCUGCAGCGCUUCCUUUGUUCCCUUUCUCCCCUGCCGCAGGGAGAGCGGAAGUUUCACUCGGCUUCUGCCACGGCGGCCAAGGCAAAGCGGCAGAAGCGCCGCCCGCGGGCAGAGGAACCUCCCGACACUCGGGGGCAGGGGAACCUCCCGACACUCACUUCCUUUCGAACCCGCGUCUAGCUUGUCAGGAGGGGGCGGAGGAGGAAGGAGACGGAAAGGAAAGCGCUUCUGCUCGCCGCCUGGGAUCUCCCGCAUCUGCUGGAGGAGCCAACAUGGAUUUGGAGAGCAAAAUCAAGAAGAUGGGCUUAGGACAUGAAGAAGGAUUUGGAGCACCCUGUUUAAAAUGCAAAGAUAAAUGUGAAGGAUUUGAGUUGCAUUUCUGGAGAAAAAUAUGUCGAAAUUGCAAGUGUGGGCAAGAGGAGCAUGAUGUUCCCACAAGCAAUGAGGAUGACCGUAAAGUGGGGAAACUCUUUGAGGAUACAAAAUAUACCACUCUUAUUGCCAAGCUGAAGACGGAUGGUAUCCCUAUGUAUAAGCGCAACGUGAUGAUAUUGACCAAUCCUGUGGCGGCAAAGAAGAAUGUGUCCAUCAAUACUGUAACUUAUGAAUGGGCACCUCCUGUUCAAAAUCAAACUCUGGCGAGACAUUACAUGCAGAUGCUUCCAAAAGAGAAGCAACCCGUGGCUGGCUCUGAAGGGGCUCAGUAUAGAAAGAAGCAGUUGGCGAAGCAGCUGCCUGCUCACGAUCAGGAUCCAUCCAAAUGCCACGAGCUCACUCCUAAUGAGGUGAAGCAGAUGGAGCAGUUUGUGAAGAAAUACAAGAGUGAAGCGCUUGGGGUGGGAGACGUCAAGCUCCCGAGCGAAGUCGAAGGCAAGGCUGGAGAGAAGCAUGUCCCGAAUAAUGGAGAGAAGGGCACCACAGCCACUGUAGGAGCCAUGGAAGACAAGCGGGCAGCUCAGAAGGGGUCCCAAUAUUUCUGUUUCCGAUGCAAACAAAGCAUGAAAGAAGGUGACCCAGCUGUCUAUGCUGAGCGGGCCGGGUAUGACAAACUCUGGCAUCCAGCUUGUUUUGUCUGCUGUACCUGCAGUGAACUUCUGGUAGACAUGAUCUACUUCUGGAAGAAUGGGAAACUCUACUGUGGCCGACACUACUGCGACAGUGAGAAACCCCGCUGUGCUGGAUGUGAUGAGCUUAUAUUCAGCAAUGAGUACACCCAGGCAGAAGGUCAAAGCUGGCAUCUGAAACAUUUUUGCUGUUUUGAUUGUGACUCUGUCCUGGCCGGAGAGAUCUAUGUUAUGGUGAAAGAAAAGCCUGUCUGCAAACCUUGCUAUGUGAAGAACCAUGCCGUGGUCUGCCAAGGUUGCCACAAUGCUAUUGACCCUGAAGUUCAGCGUGUGAGUUACAACAGCUUCAACUGGCAUGCUACCACAGAGUGCUUCUUGUGCUCCUGCUGUAGCAAGUGUCUCAUUGGGCAGAAGUUUAUGCCAGUAGAAGGAAUGGUCUUCUGCUCAGUGGAAUGCAAGAAAAAAAUGAUGUCCUAAUGGGGAGGCGAUCAAAUUGAAACCAAGCCUAGCCUUUAUUUCAGAAUCCUCUGCAUUUCUACUGUACUGGGGCUUUUUAAACAAAAUUAAAAAUGUUACAUGGUGAAUUCCAAAGAUUUUAUAUUACUAACUUGAUUACUUGUAAUUAAGUCCCUGUGCCCUUCUGUGUUCGUAGUGCUUUUGAUUAAUUGUCUUAAGCUCAAAGCAGAGUCAAAAUGUGAAUCUGAUUCAGGGCAAGAUCGUUGUGGUCUGCAAGAAAGGGCUCAGUCUUUAGCAGUUCCUUAAAAUAAAAGGAAAAAAGCUUUCUAAACAAUAUGUAACAUAUGAGAGGGAAUGCUGAAAUGAAAACUUUUUAUUCUGAUGUGCUGUUUUUAUCAAUGCUGAAAAAUUUCACAAUGGAAAGUCACAUUUGAAACCCUGGUCUUCUGAAAUAGCCGGUGCUGAUUCGGUGCAGCCUCAAUUAUGCUGCUGUGAUUUUUAAAACUAUCCAGUUGUCUUUUAUCAUUUUGAUCAGGCACCAAUGUCUCAAAGACGUGAGUUUCAAGGUACAUAGUGAAAUGUUUUUCUUCCCUAGAUCAGAACUUAAUUUUUUUAAAACUGAAAUUCAUAUGGGACUUAGAGUGUAACUAGAUGCUUGUUGAAAUGAAGUUUUGCAAAAAUGCAGAGCCCCCUGACUUUUUAAAAACUCCCUGUAUAUAUUUCCUGUCAUGUUUGUUGGCCUCUGUCAAAUGUUUCACCCACCAAAAGAGGCAAUAAGCAAUAUUUCUGUCUGUUGAAGCUCAAUUACAUGAAUGAAUGUGCUAGUGCAGGCCAACACUUCUCUUCUGCUUCCUAGAUUGUCAAGCUUAUUUUCAUUACUUCAGGUAUUAUUUUUCUCAACAAUUUUUAAAAUGUAAUAGUAAAGUGAGGCAGCCUUUUGUGGAUGGCAGAACAUGACUUCCAUAAUAAAUAAAUAAAUAAAUAAUCCCUAGUGACUGCAGAAAUUAUCUGGGGAGCAAACAAACUACACAGUAUAUUGUGUAGCCCACCCCUGCACCCCUGUUUAAAUGGAGAGACAUUUUAUUUGGUGGUAAGAUCACCUUAGUGCUAUACUUGUGGGUGCCACCCUUCUCUAUGGCAUCUUUGUUGCCCAUUUGAUACGCUCCUCAGAGCCCUGAUUUCUGAGAGUGUACGUAGUUACGUGACACAAUUGCAGCAGUUUGAUACUACUUUAAUCAUUAUAGCUGAACUCUAUGGAAUCCUAGGUGGUGAGGGACUGUGAAUUCUAUGUUGUAGUUCAAGGGAGCAUAUGGGAGCUCUCUACAGAAAGUUCUAAAUACCUAAUCAAAUGACAAGUUCCAAGAGUCCAUAGGAAGAGCCACGACAGUAAACGCAGUAUCUCAUUUCUGUACCUAACCUUCAGAAGUUUGUAAAGGAUUCUCUUCGAGUACACCUGGUUUCUACUAUAGUGUUUGUUUGGUUUUUUGCCAAGCAGCAUAAAGAAUGGUGAACAAAGAUGCAGUCAUGAUCUCGCAGGCGGCGGGGAAUGUAACUAAUGUGCCCUCCCACAUUUCUCUUUCACCUUCUGCAGUGCCUAAGCUUAAAUUACUAAAGCAAGCUUAAAUUAUAUUGUUGGUGAAAUACAUCCCCAGGAGCUGUUUCUACCAUUGAAAAUGAAGAUGGUGUUUUUUGACAGGGGUGGCUCUAAAUCAAUUGGAACCCAAGUCUAUUUUUGCAUAAAAUACCUCCCAAUCUGCAGCUUAGGAGUCCAAACAAAGUGUAAGAGAACAUUAGAGAAGGUUGCAGGUCAUUUGUGGAAUGUGUACAGUAUAUGCCAAAGGUCCCAAUUCAGCCUUCCUGUCUCCAUGUAAGCUGGUGAGGGUAUCUUGGCAGCAACCCCGUUCAAUCCUGGCCAGUCACUGUAAAGGUAAUUUUGAGCUAGAUGAACCAACAAAAGCAUGCUGGUCCUUCUUUACCAUGAAUGUAAGAAACUACGUAGCAAACGAAUAGAAUAGGGCUGUUGACUUUGUUACCUAUGCAAACUAUUUCAGCUCAGCAGUUCUAACAUUAAGGGGAUCAAUAUACCUGUAAUUAAAAUUCUAAAAUAAAAUUCUUCUCUUGGAUCAUU